GGACAUGAGGCCGUUUCGGGCCGUUUUGUUUUUUAUUGUUUGUAAACAGUUCAACUUAAAAUUUUCCAAUCCUUGUAAAAUAUUUGUUUAAAUAAUGGCAGAUUCCGACUUAUCAGAUCUAAGAAAACAAUGCUUGAACAGUUUGUAUUUGUGUUCAGACAAUAUUUCGAAGUAUUUGGAUGAAGGAAGAAAUAAUGAAUAUGAGAAACUAAAGUCGAUUGUAAAAGAAUAUUGUCUCAUGGAAGCUCAGCAAGAUGUAGCAAUCCAAGCUCUGGAAAAAACCAAGAAAGAAAUAGACGCAACAAACGUAGACACAUUAGAAAAUAAAUUUAAAGCUAAUCUAAGUAGUAUGGCUGGAAAACGUCUAGAUGUUAAUAGGCAUCCGUACAUGUUGGAACUAAAUAAACAUAUCGAAAAGGGACUAGAAAAUGCUAGAAAUAAUUUGGAUGACUCAGACCUAGCAAUUACGGAAACUCAAGAUAGACUUAUUGAUCCAAUAACAAAGAAGGCAAUAGUUAACCCAGUGAGGAACACAAACUGUGGCCACAUUUAUGAAGAGGAAGUUAUUAUGAAAAUCAUACAAAAGAAGAAACUUAGAUGUCCAGUUGCUGGUUGUGGAAAUCGAGAGCCACUAAUCAGGCAACACUUAAUAAGUGAUGAAGAACUGAAAUUCCGUUUGGCACUCACACAGCACUCUACUAUGAUUGAGGAAAGAUCUGUAUUGGAUCUUGAUGAUACUACUUAGUGAUAAUAAAAUAUAUUUUUGUUGCUUA